AUGGCUGCAAUCGUGAUCCCCGCUGCCAGAAGGCACACCUCCUCGGUUAUCGUCAUGCACGGCUUGGGCGACAGUGGCCAUGGAUGGUCUUUCCUUGCCGACAUGUGGAAGGGCAAGUUCGAUGAGACUGCUUUCAUCUUCCCCAACGCACCUGAGAUUCCUAUCUCUGUGAACAUGGGAAUGAAAAUGCCCGGUUGGUACGACAUUAUGUCUUUCGAUGAUAUCCAGCAGAACGAGGACGAGGCUGGUAUCACGCGUUCUCAGGCAUACAUCCACUCUUUGAUUGCCAAGGAGAUCGAGAAGGGCAUCCCCUCAGAACGUAUUGUCCUCGGUGGCUUCUCUCAAGGCGGUGCUAUGAGUCUCAUGUCCGGAGUCACCGCUCCUACACGUCUUGGAGGUAUUUUUGGACUCAGUUGCUACUUGUUGCUCCGUGGCAAGCUCAGAGAGAUGAUUCCUAGCGAGAAUCCCAACAAGCAAACACCAAUCUUCAUGGGUCACGGUGAUGCUGAUCCGGUUGUUCGCUACGAAUGGGGCCAGGCCACUUCUAAGGUCCUCCAAGAAUGGGGCUGGAACGUCGACUUCAAGACCUACAAGGGUCUGCCUCACUCCGCCGCUCCCCAGGAAAUUAACGACCUGGAGCGCUACAUUAAGGAGAGAGUCCCUGAUCUCGGCGACAAGCCGCUCCCCUCCAAGGCAUGACUGCAGCAAGAUGCUCAGAACACUGGAAUCGGAAAGAUCUGGGUGGUCGUGCCGUUAUUCGCUUGCAUCCUGCUUUUCUGGAGAUGGAACGGCCGACCUAGAAAUGAAGUAAAGACAGAAUAGACAAGUUACAUGAACUCUC